CUUUUUUUUUAAAUAUUUUGAGAGUUGAAGAAAUUUAAUAGAUAUUUUAUAAUUUCCCAUCAACUUUAAAACCUUCAAUUUUUGAUUCUACAGUGUACAAGUUUUAAAGUUGAUGGCCUCGCCAAGAGUAUCGUCGGCUUCAACAGGAAGAGAUUCACCAAACCCAACAACAUUUAAUGAACCUUUUCAAUUUGAUGAGCAUAAACUUGCAUCCUACGCUGCUAAUCCUGAAAAACAGGAAUUAUAUGUUUUUAAUUGGUUGGCUAAUUUAGAAAGGGAGAUUAAAAAAAUCGAUAAAGAUACAAUAAAACAAUGUCAGACAAAUCUUGAGAAACAAUUAUUAAAAUUUAUAUCAUCAAUAACACCAAAACCACAGAGACCGAUUAGACAACUUAUAGCAAGAAUUUUUGUUAUUAUUUAUAUUAAAGGUGAUUCUAGAACUUUAUUUGAUACUAUCACAGCACUUCAAAGUUUAGUUGGUGUAGGUAAAAAUGUUGGAGAAAAAGAGACUAAAUUAGCCGCAUUACAUUGUAUUGGUAUAAUUUUAAAAUCUUUAGGAGAUAAGAUAUUAUCACUUGUUCCUGAAACUGUUAAUAUUUGUUUGAAAACAAUCAAGAAUUCAUCCAAUGCAUUGAUUGUUAGAUUGGAAGCUAUUUAUACAAUAAAUAGAUCGCUUGAAGGAGCAAGUAAAGGAGUAACAGAAUCUAUAGUAAAAGACAUUAUGAAACAAAUGAGAUCAGGAUUAAAUGACAAAGCAUUGAUCAUUAAAGUAGCUUCAGUUCAGUGUAUGCAUGCUAUAGCAAAGUAUACACAUCAACAAUAUCCAAUUACGUCUAAUGAAUUAGAUAACUUACUUAAUCAAAUGGUUAAAUUACUUGACGGAUCUAAUCAAACAAUUCGUCGUUCAGUUUCAUCAUAUAUUGCAACAUUAUUAGCGGGAACACAAAGUGAAGCAGAUUUUUUAGCAAUAUCUUCAACUACUUCAUCAAAGAAAAAAUCAUCCACUUUACCAUCGCAAAUAUCAGGUGAUGAUGGUCUACAGCAAUCAGAUUCUUCAUCUUCAACAAAAGUAAUAUUAUCAGUAGAAGAAAUGUUAACUAAUUUAUCAACAAUUUAUAAUAAACAAUCAACAUCAAGAGAAGUUAGAGCAGCAAUAAUAGAAACAUAUUCAGCAUUAUUCUUACAAUUGGGUACAAAAUACGUUGAAUUAAAUUAUUCAUUUAUCGCACAACAUUUAUUAAAGGAUCUUGUAUCACACCCAAAAAAUUCUUCAUCACGGUAUGAAGCACUUAAUGUUCGGGAACAUUGUGAAUUAUUAUUACGUGAUGUUAUCGGUACUAGAUUAUUAAGUGAACAAGGACAAGUUACAGCAGUACGUGAAUUGGCUAAUGGAUGGUUAAAACAAUGGUCGGCAAAUCAAGUUGAGCCAUCAAAGUUAUCACUUGUAUGUGCAGCUAAUGAAAUAUCAGGAUUAUUAUUAGAUUUAGGAGGAGCAGCAAGCACAGUAUUUGAUGUAGUCGCGGAUCCAUUGGUUACACUGCUGAGUCAUUCAAGUUAUUCGGUACAAAUAGCAACAGCAUGGUGUCUUAGAUGUUUAUGUUAUUCAUUACCAAUAAAAUUAUCGGGAUUAAUUACGAAAGUACAUGGAUUGUUAAGUAAAGAUCUGAAUAAUUUAUCAAAUCAAGUGACGUCGAGUGAAUUACCGAAAAGGACACUUGGAUAUGCUUAUGGAUUAGCAGCAUUAUUAAGUGUUAUACCAAGUAGACCAUUGGAUGUAUCAUUUGAAGUGAGCGCAAGGAUAUUUUCAUUAUCAACUCAGUUAAUUAAAACAAGUGCGAAUAAAGAUUUGUCAGUUGCGAGCAUACAAAUACAAGUAGCAUGGAUACUCAUCGGAUCAUUAAUGUCAUUAGGUCCUAAUUUUGUUAAAUUACAUUUACCACAAUUAUUAAUAUUAUGGAAGAUGGCUUUACCUAAACCAAAUAGUAAUAAAGAGUCAGUAUCAAAUAGAAGUGAAACUGAAUGGUCAUUCAUGUUUCAUGUUAGAGAAUGCGUAUUAGGUGCUAUGUUAAGUUUCUUAUUACAUAAUUCUAAAUUAGUUACAUCAGAUGUAUCAAAAAGAUUAGUAGCUUUAUUAAAUAAUGCAUUAACGUUCACUUUAUUGGUUCCAAGUUCAUUUCCAAAUAAUCCUACACCAAAUUCAUCAUCAAUUUCAAUUGCACCACAAUUGCCAUUUUCAUCGUUAAAAUUCUCGGAUAGGGAAAAUAUGCUAAAACGAAGGAUAUUUCAAUGUUUUGUAGUCAUAAGGCCAAUCAGCACUUAUGAUAAUUUAAGCACACAAUUAUUGAAAUUAAGUGUAUCACAAUUUGCGGAUCCUGAAAAGAAUGUUGGAAGUGCGAUUACAGCAGCAAUCGCUGCAGCAGUUUCUGGUAGUUUUACAAGUGUAUGGACAACAGGAGAUGAAUAUGCUUACGGUGUUACAAGCAGAUUACAGGGAAUGAAUAUUGAUAUCGCCAAUCUGGUAGAUAAUGAUGAUGAAGAAGGAAAUGGCAGAAAAGUAGGAGUAAGAGAUUGGUUAAAUAGGGAUUUAGUUGAAAGUAGAGUUGAAAACCAAUUAGAACAACCAAUUAUAGGAGCACCUGAAUAUGAUUCAUUAAUGAUUUAUACAACUUAUUGGUUAUCAUCAUCAAAUAAUAAUAAUAGUAACAACAACAAUAAUAAAAUGCCAAAACCAGUACCAGCAGCAACUGCAUUAGUAGAUUAUAGUUUAGAAUUAUUCGGAUUAGUAUUCCCGGCACAGAGUGCUCAAGUACAAGAAGUUAUUUUGGAUCAAUUAAUUAAAUCAACAAAACAUCCUAGAUUAGAGAAAAGUCCAGGAAGAAAGAUGGCAGUACAAGUUAAUAUGGUAAUUGGAUUAUUGGCAAUAUUUAAGAAUAUAAUGAAUAAAAAUUAUAGUAAUAGAAAUAAUAAUGGUAUUGCAGACAAGAGAAUUGGAGGUAUUGCAAUGGACAUGUUACAAGAAGCCAUUAUACAUCCUGAUCCAUACUUGAGAAAUGCGGCGAGCGAAGCAUUAGGAAGAUUACUAAGCAUCGUUGGAGGUAAUCUGGUAACUACACAAAUGCAAUUAUUGGUUGAUCAAGUAGUUAAUAAUAGGGAACCUGACACUAGAGCAGGUAGUGCGUUGGCACUUGGAUGUAUUUAUAGUCAUGUAGGAGGAAUGGCGGCUGGUAGUCACCUCAAAACGUUAGUUGGUAUAUUAUUAUCAUUGAGCAGUGAUCCUCACCCGGUGGUACAUUUUUGGGCAUUAUAUGCAUUAGCAAAAGUAAUUGAAUCAGCUGGAUUAAUGUUUUCUCAAUAUGUCAGUAGUACUUUGGGUAUUAUUGCUAAAUUAUAUAUGGCAGAUACUCAUGAACCAGGUGGUGGUAGUGUCGGGACAACAAAUGUUGGGUUGGGAUUUUCCGCUUAUCAACAAUUUGGUAAAAUUAUAUAUGGAUUGAUUGGUACAUUGGGUCCAGAACUACAAUCAAGCGCUAAAGUAAGAAAUCUGUGUUUAAAUUUGAUGAUUGAAUUGAGAAAUGAUGAAGAACAAAUGGUUGUGGUAGAAUCAAUUAGAUGUUUACAACAUUUUAUUAUGUUUGCUCAACAAUUUGUUGAUUUACCUAGAUUGGUGGCAUUUUUACAAUUUCAAUUAAGUAGUAAACAUUUACCAUUAAAAGAAGUUGCGGUUACUUGUUUAUAUCAAUUAGUACAAAAAAAUGCUAAACAUGUAUUUGAAGUUGCAGUACCUGGAUUAGAUAAUCAAUUAUUUAGCUUAUUGGAUACUGAUCCAACUAUUGAUGGUGUUAAAGAUAUAGUAAAGAGUUGGUUAAAUCAAACAGCAAUUGAUAAUCCUUCUCUCUGGGUUGAAUUAUGCAGAAAAGUAAUGUCAAAAACUGGUAGCGUUGCAAGUGCAGGUGCUCCAAUCGAACCUCCUUCUUUAGAUAUAUCUGGUAAUGAUGAUUUAGAUGGAAUUGGUAAUGAAAAUGACUUAGAUGAAGGCGGUGAUGAAGUCAAAGGUUUUGAAGUUAAGGUAGAAAAAGGAAAAACCAACACCUUCCAAGUUCGUAAUAGAGAAUUAGAAAAGAAUACUAAAUUAAUUCAAGAUUCUGUACAAAUUCCACCAAGAUGGCGUACUCAAUUAUUUGCUUUACAAUGCUUACGUCAAGUUGUUGAAGUUAUUAGUAGUUCUGGUGAUAAAGAUCAUUUUGAUUUAGUUAUUGCGAAGAAAAAAGGAGCCACUGGAAAAGAUUACUUAGUAUUAAGAGUACAAGAAUUAAUUAAAAUGGCUUUUAUUGCUAGUACUGCUGUUGUUAGUGAAAUGAGAUUAGAAGGAUUAACUGUAUUAAGAGACGUAAUUGAGAAAUUUGCCGCAACACCUGAUCCAGACUUUGAAGAAGCUGCUCUUUUAGAACAAUAUCAGGCACAAAUAGGAGCAGCACUUACACCAGCUUUCACGGCAGAAUCUUCACCUGAAAUUCUAUCAGCUGCUGUAAAAGUAUGUGCUGUAUUUGUUGGUAGCGGUAUAGUAAAAGAAUUAUAUCGUAUGGGUCGUAUACUGAAAUUAUUAACUACUGCCUUAGAAAAUUGUAAAGAUAAUGUUAGUGUUACAACCGUUGGUGACGUUAAAGAUUUGAGUCCUCAUGCCGCCAUAAUGAUUAAAUUAUCUGUAUUAAAUGCAUGGGCUGAAUUACAAGUUUCUAGUAUUAAACAAUCUUAUUUAAUACAAGUUAUUGAACCUAACUUGUCGUUGUUGUGUCCAUUAUGGGUAUCAGCAUUAAAAGAAUAUGCUCGAGUACAAGUUGAGCCUGAUGUAGCUGAGGCACAAACUAAUAUUAUUGGAAAUGGAAAAAUUGGAGGAAGCGGGGGGAAUUUUGGUGGUGGUUCUGCACAAACUGAAGUUUUUGAUUCUAUGUACAGUGGAUUAACAAGGGAAGUUAUUCUUCCGUAUUAUAAUAUGUCUUGGUUGACAAUAUUAGGAGCAGUUGCUAGUUUAUUGGAAAGCGGAAAUCCAUUAAUUAUUAGCGCAUUAAAUGGGAGCGACUCUUCAUCUACGUCAAGUGGUGAUGUUAAUGAAGAAGAAUUCACAGAUUUCGAGAAUGAGAAGGAAAAUGAAUCAUUUGAUGAUUUCACAGAUUUCACUACUGCAACGGAAACUUCAACAAAAAAAGAGGCAGUAAAAGAUUUUUUUAUAUUAUUUGGUCUUUGUGUAGAAGCAUUAUCAAAAACAUUUGGAGGUAGUAAUAGAUCAAGUGGAUUAGGUGUCAAUUCAAGUGUAAAUAAUCCUAAUAAUACAAAUGAAAAUGAUAAAGUUGUUAAAACUUGUAUUAAUGCUUUAAAAGCAUUCCUUAGACCAAGUGUAGCUGGAACCGUAUUUUUAGAGAAAGAAAUGGUUAUUGAAUUAAUUAAUUUAUUUGAUAGAUUAAUUCUAACUGAAGGAUUUGAAGUACAAUAUGAUAUUAUACAAAUCGUUGCUAAUAUUAUUAAUGAUUAUGGUAGUACUUAUCUUUGUGAAGAUUUAUUAUCGACGGAAGAAGAGAGUGCAACGAUUAGUGGAAAUUCAGAUGAUACUGUUACAAAUGAUGAAACUGAUGACAAAUCACGAACAGUAGUAUUUUAUAUUUUAAGAUUAAUUGUUAAUAUAUUUUUCCAAAAAGUCCCAUCCCUUUCUACAAGACCCGCAUCUCUAAGAAUAUUUAGACCUCCUCAAGGUAAUGCUAGAGGGCAAACUUCUCAGCAAAUUAGUACAAUAUUAAAAGCUUCAAUAGAAGCCUUUACUUCACUUAUUAUUGUUGCACCAAUUAAAUAUAAAAAUGAUUUUAUCGCGAUAGCAUUUUAUAUAUUUAUAUCUAUAAUUCAAGAUUCACAAUUUCAACAAAAUGAUAUAAUACAAAAUAUAUUAUAUAACGUAAAAUUAUUAUGUGAUGGAGGGAAUUUAGAAAAAUCAUUUAGAGAAGAAAAAGAUGUUAAUAAUUUUUCUAAAAUAAUUCAUUCUUCUAUUUGGUCUAUUUUAACUAAAAUUAAUUCUCUGCUUGUCAGUGAAAAAGUAGUAUAUAAGGAAGAAGAAGUAUCAACAAUAAAAAAUUGUUUAUUGGCUAUCACAUUAUUAUUCACUUUUAAUCCUAAAUCAUGUUUAAGAUCUAAGGAAUUACAAGAUAGAUCAAUUGAAAUGUUAAAAAAAGGAUUUCAAUCUAAUGAUGCUACGGUCUCCGUAACUUCAUUACAAUGUAUUCGUACCUUAAUAUUACUUUCAACGAAAUCGACAAAUGACUUGAUCAAUACAACAGAAAGUACUACAACAUCAGCUUCAAUGGAAAUUAGUAAUAAUUUUAUUAAAGCUUUAAUACCACAACUAGUUAUUUAUUUACAAAAUAUUAAAGAAUCAGGAUUAGAACAAAAUGAUGAUAAAUCAAAUAUUGUCGAAGAAAUUAUUAAAACUUUAUUAACGAUAAAUACAGUUGCUAAUGAAUCUCAAAAAUCAUUGGUUAUAGCGGUUAUAUUACCGACAUUAAUUAAUCUUUUAGAAAAUCCCCCAUUGGAAUCAUAUUAUCAACUUCCACAAUUACAUACAAUUUCAGUUAAACAUAUUCUUUCAUUAGCAACAAGUCAACCAUUAAAUUUUAAAGAAGCGAUAGGAUUAUUAUCACCUCAACUUAAAACAAAAUUAGAGAGUGCUAUAAGAUUUAAUGUAUUACAAGAACAAGCUACUCAACAACGUUUACAACAAGAAAGGGAAAGAAAAGUUAAUGAACAAUUAGAAUUAAGUAAAGGACCUAGUAUAGUUUUGAAGAAUGAUUUUUCUGAUUUUUCUGGAUUUUCUUAGAAUGAAAUUAAGUAAUAUGGUUAAUA